CUCGUGGACGCACUAGCUGAGCUGCUGAUUCGUGAGCGCGCUUCGUCCUUGUAACGUGUAUGGGACGAACCAGAGACGUGGAUGAAGGCUGGUGUGAGGUUUCCCUCCUCUGUCCUUCCUUCUCGCACACAAGCAACACUCUCAGACGAACAGAGGUUCAAGGCUGCAAGGAGUUCUGCUUAUGGAAAACCCUCCACCUCAACCGCCUGGCGGAUGCUACAGCUUGCUACUUUGUCUUUUGCUGGCUAUGAUUUAAAGGCCAGAGGACCCAAAUACAGGGCGAGAAAAAGGCUGUUAAUACGUUACAUUUUGAUCAGUUGACUGUAGUCAUGGCGGCCGCAGGCUACGGUUACUACCGUGUGGUCAUCUUCCUGUGCAUGUUCACUGGCUACUCACUGUAUUUCUUUAACAGGAAGACAUUCUCUUUUGUUAUGCCGUCUGUGAUGGAGGAGAUAGAACUGGACAAAGACGACUUGGGUCUGAUCACCAGCAGUCAAACCAUGGCCUACGCCAUCAGUAAGUUCAUCAGCGGCGUGCUGUCGGACCAGAUCAGCGCCCGCUGGCUUUUCUCCAUCGGCCUCUUCUUGGUCGGAGGCAUCAAUGUGGCCUUCUCUUGGUCUUCAACUGUGUCCAUGUUCUCCCUGCUCUGGUUCAUCAACGGCCUGGGACAGGGCUGUGGGUGGCCCCCAUGUGGGAAGGUGCUUCGGAAGUGGUAUGAGCCAUCCCAGUUUGGAACAUGGUGGUCUGUGCUGUCCUGCAGCAUGAACCUGGCUGGGAGUCUGGGUCCGCUCAUGGUCACGGUGCUCCUGCAGUAUUACGACUGGAGGACGAUUCUGGCCAUGUCUGGCGUGUUCUGUGCUGCCUUCUCAUUGGUUUGUCUGGUAUUCGUAAAGAACGAGCCGAAGGACGUGGGCCUUCCCAGCAUCGAAGCUGCAGCUAAGAAGGGUGUGAAAGGAGGCAACAGCGAGAGCACCCUCAGCGAAUUUCUCCUCUCUCCCUUCCUGUGGGUCCUCUCUCUGGGCUACCUGGUUGUUUUUGGGGUGAAGACGGCAGCCACUGACUGGGGGCAGCUGUUCCUCAUGCAGGAGAAAGGCCAAACGGCUCUCAUGGGCAGCACCUACAUGAGUGCGCUGGAGGUCGGGGGGUUCGUCGGCAGCCUCUCGGCAGGUUUAAUCUCGGACAGAGCCGUUGCCCGCAAAGGCUUGAGCACUCAUGGCAACCCCCGUCAUGGCCUGCUCAUUCUCAUGAUGGCUGGCAUGUAUGUGUCCAUGUAUCUGUUCAGAGUGACCAUCACACCUGAAGUACCAAAGGAAGCUCCUUUGUGGGUCCAGGCCAUCCAUCCGGUGUCUGUUCUGCUUGGAGUCUCAGAGAAAGAGAUUUGGAUUCUCUUUCUGGGUGCCAUGUUUGGGUUUUCUUCGUAUGGACCAAUCGCCUUGUACGGAGUGAUAGCAAGCGAAAGUGCUCCUUCCAAUUUCUGUGGAACGUCUCACGCCGUCGUCGCACUGAUGGCAAACGUGGGGGCUUUCAUGGCAGGGCUUCCCUUCAGCACUGUCGCCAAGCAGCACAGCUGGGACACGGCCUUCUGGGUAGCUGAAGUCAUAAUGGGCAUCACCACCAUUGCGUUCUUCCUUGUGCGCAAUAUGCGCACCAAAAUGGGACGAAUCGCAGAGAAACUGGACUAGUGCAUAUUUUUUUAGGGGUCGAACUAUUCACACAGUACAGCACAGUGAUUUAAUAGGAGCUUUAUUGUACAAACUAAUGCCAAACACAAAUUAAUCUGAAGAUCUUUCCAUUAUAAAUCUGUAGAUACUCAAGGGGGCUGCAAUUUAAUCACUUUAUAUUUGUAAUGAAAUGGUCACUUAGACAGAUUUAAUCUUCACUAGCACCAGCAUGGAGUCGAUCACUUUUGUUCACAAGCUUCUGGACAGAUCUCCGGACGUAUGAUGCUUUCUAAAGGAAGCCACUCUAGCUUGAUUGUCUGUACUGAUGUGUUGUUUUCUUUCUCAAGAUGAAUCAUUUGUGCUGUUCACGGCAUUAAUUACCUAAAGAAUGUGGCUAUGCACCAUUGAAAGUUUCAGUCGAAUGUUUAGAUCCAUUGUGGAGAUGAAUGUCAUAUUAAUAUGGGGCUUUCACUGAUUUAUUUGGUGAAAUUAAUGAAUAAUAUUCAACUGCAAUGAGAUUUACGAACACCAGGAAGACCAGGGUGCCUGGUCCAAAACCGACCCGUUCUCGCUUGACUGAAAUUUGUAGCUUCCUAAACCUAAAGAACACUGAGCCACCUGUGAAGCACGGUGGUGGUAGUGUCAUUCUGUGUGUCUUACUGUCAGCAGUAGGGAUGCAAUGCAAUAAGUGGAUUAGGCCUGAAACAAUAAAUGGAUUCAUCACAUUAGUCACGAUCAAUCGAUUAUUGAAAUAAUCGUUGACUAAGUAAUUGGUCAAAUAACUAAAUAAUUAAAGCAGUAAUUAAGCCAAAACUGUACUAUUUAUAAUUAUAUAAAAAUGUCUUAGCCAAAACUCUUCAGCUUUUAGAUUUAGCUUCACCAGGUUUAGAUUUAAUAAAGGAAUUCUGUUAUUCCUUUUUAGCCAAUAAGAUGUUUAUUUU